AUGAAAACAAUUGAAAGUAAUAUAAUCAUUAAUGCUAAACCUGAAAAAGUCCGAUCAUUCUUUUUAAAUUAUCAAAAUUACCCCAGCUGGAACCCAUUUCUUGUUAAGUUUGCAAAGUAUACAAAUAAAGAAGAUCCUGAAUUGAAAGUCGGAGAUGAACUACAAAUUGAUUUAAAAUUAAAAGGUUUUAAUCAUACCAGUACCAUGUACCCAAAAGUUUUGCAAAAUAAUGAAGAUGGAUUAGUUUGGCGUGGACAAUUGUUAAGUACAUGGGUAUUUGGGGGCACUCAUAGUUUCAAAUAUGAAUUGAUUGAUGGUGACAAGACGUUGUUUACUCAGAAAGAAGAGUUUACUGGUAUUUUAGUAUAUGUGUUUUAUUUAUUUGGAUUAUUCAAAAAGACUCAAGAAUCAUUCAUUAAUUUAAAUGAAGUUUUGAAAGAUCAAGUUGAGAAUAAUUGA